AUGUGACAUAUGGAAAUACCUGGGCUAGGGGUCGAACCACCAGAGAACUCCUAAUAUUUUUUAAUUGAGGUAUAUGAGGUAUAUGAGGUAUAAGUAAUUGACAUACAAUAUUAUAUCUCAGGUGUACAAUGUAAUGAUUUGACAUUUGUAUAUGCUGAGAAAUGAUCAUGAUAAGUCUAGUUAACCUCUGUCAGCAUUACUAGUUACAUUAUUUUUUUCUUGGGAUGAAACUUUUAAGAUUUACUCUUAGCAGCUUUCAAAUAUGCAGUACAGUAUUGUUGACUAUAUUACAUCCUCAUGGCAUUUAUUUUAUAACUGGAAGUUUGUACCUUUUGACUCCCUUCACCCAUUUUGCCCACCUCACAUCCUCGCCCCUGGCGGCUACCACUCCUUUAUCUAUGCAGCUCCAAUUUCUUUUCUUUUUUUCUUUUUUUUUUUCUGUUCUUUUGGCCACCCUGUGGCAUAUGGAGUUCCUGGACCAGGGAUCUAAUCUAAGCCUUAGUUGUGUCCUAAGCCACAGCUGCAGCAAUGCUGAAUCCUUAACCCACAGAACUGUGCUGGGAUUGAACCUGUGUCCCAGUGUUCCUAAGACUCUGCUGAUCCAGUUGUGCCACAGCGGGAACUCCUCCAAUUUCUUUCUUUCUUUUUUUUAAAGACGUUAUAUACCUUUAUUUGUAUGUACUUCAAUAUACUGUAUACCUCAAAGUUAAAGACUCUUACUGGGCCAGGGAUUGAACCUGUACUACAGCAGUGACCUGAGCCACUACAGUGACAAUGCUGGAUCCUUAACCCACUGUGCCACAGGGGAGCUCCACCAGGUUUCCGUUUUUGGGGGUGCCGCAAUCCACGGCAUGUGGAAGUUCCUGAGCCAGGGAUUGAAUCUGUACCGCAGUUGCAACUUGUGUCACAGCUACAGCAACUCUGGAUCCUUAACCUGCAGCACCACACAGGAAUUUCCACGACUUUUUUUUUUGCAUAACCAUGAAAUCAUAUUAUUCCUAAAAGUUAAAAAUAAUUCUUUUAUCAUCAGAUAUCUAGUUAGCAUCACCCAUGUCUUUAUGUUUAGUUUCUUUUAGUCUGAUAGUAUAGGAGACAAAAGGUUUAAUAAGUCAUUCAAAGAGACAGUUUACAUUGCUAACCAAGAUGCAUGCAGUUAUAGUUUUCAGUUUAACUCUAUAGGCAAACACCCUGCUUUUUUUAAACCAUUAGUUCUCUUCUUCCUGAUAUUUGUUGACAUUUGUAUAUAUGUACCAUAAACAGUACAAUAGACCACUUCCUUCAGUAAAUAAAGUGAGCCUAGUUCUGGGGUUACCUUCUGUUAGAUUUAUGCUUACGUGUUGGUCUGUUAAAACUUGACAUUUUAAGGGGCUCUAGAAAAUACACUUAAAGGCAAAACACAGGAUGAAAGUAUAUCUACAAAUUUAUCUGCGUAUCUGAUAGAAUGUGCUUGUAGAGAUAUUCACAUUUUGGCUUUUUUGGAGGUAGAGGGUGGUAAUUAUAUAUUUGCAAAUAUGCAUUUCCUUAACAUUAAUCUCAGUGUUAAAAAUGAGAAUCCGGAGUUCCUGUUGUGGCUCAGCAGUAAUGAACCUGACUACUAUCCUUGAGUUUAUGAAGGCCUAGACAUCAUCACCAACAAGGUUUCUGCCCAAGAGCAGAGAAUGUGCCAGCACCACAUGAUCAGCUUUGUGGAUCCUCUCGUGACAAAUUAUACAGUGGUGGACUUCAGGAACAAGGCAACUGCUCUGAUUGAAGAUAUAUUUGCCCGAGAUAAAAUUCCUAUUGUCGUGGGAGGAACCAAUUAUUACAUUGAGUCUCUGCUCUGGAAAGUUCUUGUCAAUACCAAGCCCCAGGAGAUGGGCACUAAGAAAGUGAUUGACCGGAAAGCUGAGCUUGAAAAGGAGGAUGGCCAUGAACUCCAUAAACGCCUAAGCCAGGUGGACCCAGAAAUGGCUGCCAAGUUGCACCCACAUGACAAGCGCAAAGUGGCCAGGAGCUUGCAAGUAUUUGAAGAAACAGGAAUCUCUCAUAGUGAAUUUCUUCAUCGUCAGCAUGCAGAAGAAGGUGGUGGUCCCCUUGGAGGCCCUUUGAAGUUCCCUAACCCAUGCAUCCUCUGGCUUAAUGCUGAACAGACAGUUCUAGAUGAGCGCUUGGAUAAGAGGGUGGAUAACAUGCUUGCUGCUGGGCUCUUGGAUGAACUAAGAGAUUUUCACAGACGCUAUAAUGAGAAGAAAGUUGCAGAAAAUAGCCAGGACUAUCAACAUGGUAUCUUCCAAUCAAUUGGCUUCAAGGAAUUUCACCAGUACCUGAUCACUGAGGGAAAAUGCACACCAGAGACUAGUAACCAGCUUCUAAAGAAAGGUAUUGAGGCUCUGAAACAAGUGACUAAGAGAUAUGCUCGGAAGCAGAACCGAUGGGUUAAAAACCGUUUUUUGAGCAGACCUGGUCCCAGUGUCCCCCCGGUAUAUGGCUUAGAAGUAUCUGAUGUCUCGAAGUGGGAGGAGUCUGUUCUUGAACCUGCUCUUGAAAUCGUGCAAAGUUUCAUCCAGGGCCACAAGCCUGCAGCCACUCCAGUAAAUAUGCCAAGCAGUGAAACUGAGAACAAGAGGAGUUAUCACAUGUGUGACCUCUGUGACCGAAUCAUCAUUGGGGACCGUGAAUGGGCAGCGCAUAUGAAAUCCAAGUCCCACUUGUACCAUCUGAAGAAAAGAAGAAGGCUGGACACAGAUGCCAUCGCCACUAUAGAAAGUCAGAGUAUUUCCCCAGGCCAUGAUAAAGAGCAUAAAGAAAAGGGACCCCUAAGGCAGAAUGAUCAGAACGAUGAAGAGCUGAAAUCCUGCAUUUAAGGGACUUGUCCAGUGGCUUUUGGAAAGGUGGUAGGGGUCCAGUUCUCUCAUUCAGUGGUGUGUUUUUUUUUUGUUUGUUGUUUUGUUUUUUGUCUUUUUGCCUUUUCUAGGGCAGCUCCCACUGCAUAUGGAGGUUCCCAGGCUAGGGGUCUAAUCGGAGCUGUAGCCACCGGCCUACGCCAGAGCCACAGCAACGUGGGAUCUGAGCCGCGUCUGCAACCUACACCGCAGCUCACAGCAACACCGGAUCCUUAACCCACUGAGCGAGGCCAGGGACCGAACCCGCAACCUCAUGGUUCCUAGUUGGAUUCUUUAACCACUGUGCCACAACAGGAACUCUAUCAGUGGUGUGGUUUUAAAGUCUCAUGUUCUCUGUCAUGGAAACAGCAGGUCUUGUUAGCUCCUUGUGUGGCUGAUGUGUCUGGUCUGGUAAUGAUGAAUUCGGGAAGGGAUUUUUUUUGUUUGUUUUUUUCUUCUAACCUUAAAGGUUCUAUUUUUAAAAGAGGCACAGAUUGCACUUUUUUACACUUGAUCUUUUUGGUGAUGAAUACCAGGAUUCACUGCAUCCCUUAAAAAAAAGAAGUUUUAUGUCCCUGACUCUGGCUAGAAAUAUCUAAUUUCCAGACACUUUAAUAGAUGACUGAGUUAUUAUGAGCCACAAUUCAGGAGUUGUGGAUUUGAGUGAAUGGCAGGAAAGGAUCAGCCCCCGUGAGAUAAUUAAGUGAACCAAACCAGUUUUUGGAAUUCCUUCGAGAAGGAGAGAAUCAGACUGAAGUGGUUGUGACAUGGAACUUGAAAACUGAGGACUUUGACAUUUGUUGAGCUCCUCCUAUGUGGUAAUCACUACUCUCUAUUGAGUUAGGAAUUUUUAUUUUUAUUGAAAGUUAAAUAAAGGAAAAGUUUGCAAGAGCCUCUCUAGGCCUUAAAAAGAUGUUUAUAUUCAUAUCUAACAAUGUGCUUUGUUUUAAACCUGAGAUUUUUUUUCUCAAAGUUGACAUUCUUUCAUUUUUUUUUUUUGGCUGUGCACACGGCAUGCGGAAGUUCCUGAGCCAGGGAUCAAACCCAUGCCGCAGCAGUGCCAGUGCCGGAUCCUUAACCUGCUGCACCACAAGGGAACUCAAAAGUUGACAUUUUUUAUAUGCUGUCUAUUUAUUUAUUUAGCACAUGUUUAAUGAGCACUUCCUACAUUCCUGGAAGACAUCAGAGGGUCUUUUACUGGAGAUUUAUUAUUUCCAGUUGAAGCCCUCUUACUGGAGUGACCUGAGGUACCAGCAAUGUGAGUACACAUAUAUGAGUACAACAUAAAAUUAAGCAUUUUUAAGUUUGCAACUCAGCAGCAUUUAUGUUGUGCAACCAAAACUUUUUCAUCAUCCGCAACAGAAACUCUGAACCCAUUAAGCAAUAAUAUCCCACUCAAGCAGUGUUUUAUUUGUGCAGAAUCUACUACAUGAGAGGCCCCUAAGUAGGCUAAAGGGAAUACAAAGAUAAAAUGAAAUAUGGUUCUUGCUUUCAGGGAGCUUGUAAAUAUUGUAUAUAUGCACAAACAACAGAUUUAGCUAAGAGAAUAUCAAAGGCCAUAAGAGCUGUGUAGAAUUUCACUUUGGAGGGAAGUGAGAGGGAUCAUGGAAGGAGCGUUUCUUUUUCUUUUCUUUUUUUUAGGGCCACACCCACAGUAUAUGGAAGUCCCCAGACAGGGGUUGGAUUGGAGCUGCAGCUGCCAGCCUACACCACAGCCACAGCAAUGUUGGAUCCUUUAACUCACUGAGCGAGAACAGGGAUCGAACCUGCAUCCUCAUGGAUACUAGUUGAGUUCAUUUCUGCCGAGCCACAGUGGGCAGAAGAGCCUUUUAAAAUAAAUAAUGAACGCAUUUCUUCCCCUUACUCAAAAGAUAACAAAUACCACAUAUUGUCUUCAUUUGUUACUUUACCUGUUGGCAAUGCCUGAGUGUGCAUGGGUUUCUGCUGCCUCUGGCAGGUCUCCUGUUUCUGUUCUUUACCACUCUCUAGACAGUCCCCCUGUCGACCCCAGGCUAUAAGCAGGGUACUCUCACUUUUGCACACUGAACUUCAUUCAGAUGCUGGGGUUAGGCCAAAACCAGCCUCUGAGGAAUUGUCAAGCUAUGGCCAGCCCUUUCAGCCAGCCAGCAGAUAUUUGAGAACUUCUUAUGUGCUAGGUGCUGUGCUAGACUAUGGGAAUUCAAAGAUCAAAAAAGUGCACACUGAUCAGACAAUUACAGAAUUACAGCUGUGAUAAGGGCUACAAAGAAAGGACACUUACUCUGAACUGAGGUAAUCCACAGCCCUGCCCUCCCUUGGUAUGUGGGAGUGUGUGUGUAUGUUGGGGGGAGGGGGUGUCGAGGUGCAGCAUGGCACCACAUGAUGAUGGGGCAGGAGUCUUGGGACCAAGGUGUACAUGGUAAAAUGUGAUCUGGACAGGUGGGCUUCUUGGCUUGGCUUCAGUGGCUUCUCCUCCACCAGUCUGUGAUGUCCUAGGCACCUUUAGCAAACCUCACUCAACUGCCAAAUCUCAUACCACAUGUCAUUUGAGAGCGGGAAAGGAUCAGCCUUGGGCAUUUGGUUCAACCUGGAGUAAGGCUAUACCCUCUGGCCUCAAACAAUCCCUAGACAGGCAGAGCCAGGUACCCACAGUCUCCAGUCCACGGCAGUGCUAUGUAAAUGGCUUUGGUAAUUGAUUCCAGCACUUGGAAAGCUAUUGGUCCAUUUGCCUCUGUUGGUAAAAACCUUUUUUCCCUCAGUUUGCUUGAGAGAUAAUUGACAAAAUAACAAUCUUGACUAGACCUUAGAUACUUCUAGUUCAGACAUUGCUGUUCUAAGUGUGUGGGAAUGGAGUUCCCAUUGUGGCUCAGCAGAAAUGAAGCUGACUAGCAUCCAUGAGAGCGAGGGUUUGAUCCCUGGCCUCGCUCAGUGGGUUAAGGAUCCGGCAUUGCUAAAGCUGUGGUGUAGGCCAGCAGCUGCAGCUCCAGUUCAACCCCUAGCCUAGGAACUUCCAUAUGCUGCGGGUGUGGCUCUAAAAGAAGAAAAGUAUGUAGGAGAUACUUUGACUCUGGAAAGAAAGGUGGAUUUUUAGUCUUUAAAAUAUUUCGUGGAGUUCUCGUCAUGGCUCUGUGGUUAACGAAUCCAACUAGUAUGUACCUGUGAGGAUGCAGGUUCAAUCUCUGGCCUCGCUCAGUGGGUUGGGGAUCCGGUGUUGCCAUGAGUUGUGGUGUAAGUUGCAGAUGCAGCCUGGAUCCUGCAGUGCUGUGGCUGUGGUGUAGGCCUGCAGCUAUAGCUCUGAUUGGAUCCCUAGCCUAGGAACCUCCACAUGCCUUGGGUACAGCCUGAAAAAGACAAAAGACAGAAAAAAAAAAAUCGAUAUAUGCAUAGAUAGAUGUAUCUUGCUUAUUUUUCAGGGCUAAGUAAGAGAACAUUUCAUCUAUAGUCUAGGUACAUGUUGUGAACGUUUGUAAUUCUCAGUAAUUAUUUAUGUUCUUAGCCUCAGUUCCACAUUCUACAAAAAAGAUUUUUCUACUGAAAACUCAGCACAGCAUUAAAACAGAAACAGGAAAAACACUAGAAAAUAAGCUUUUAUGAAUGCAUUAUCCUAAUUAUAUAUCUCCACCAUCUAGAAAGCCAAAUAUUUGUUGAAUUCAGUGACAGUGUCAAAUUAAGUGGGUUUCUACAUAAAUAAUGUGCUUUAAUCGUUAAAGAACCUUUAACUAGGAUGAAGAAAUCUUGGGAUAGUAGCUACAGGAAGGAAUUUCAUUAUUUGAUUAUCACCUACUUGGGAGGUUAGAGCAGUUUUCUGAGAAGAUGGCUGUCUGGCAGGUCAUUUGUAAAGCUAUUUUGAAUACAUACAAAGGGCGCUGCAUGGUUGUAUUAGUUAGGGUAAAGAGCUAAGCUGCUGUAACAAAGAGACUCAGCAGUACAGUGGUUUAAAGAACAAAGAAGUUUGUUUCCUUCUCAUGUAACAACUCUGAGGGGAGUUGGCAUUUCCACAGUGAGUAGUCAGGUCAGUGGGGCAGCUCAGCUCCAAGCGGUCAUCCAGGGACACAGGUUCCCUAGAUCAUGUUGCUUCUCCACCCUCUGUGGCGGGGGCGGUGGGGGGGGGCACCUGCCUGGAUACAGUUGGGUCAUCACUGAUUAUAGCCAGUGGGAAGGGGUCAGAGCACAGCGCAGGCACACCAGAUGCCUUAAGUCCUGGACCCUGCAGCAGCAUGCAUACUUAUGCUUACUUUCCAUUGGCAAGAACGUAGUCAUGUGGCCACACCUACCUGCAGGGAGGCUGAGAAAUGUAGUCAAGCCCUGUGCCAAGAAGGAAUGGGAGAACAGAUUUUGGUGGGCAACUUGCAGUCUCCACUAAAUUAGUCUCGUGGAAAGAGCACUGGUUUGUCUAAUUAGCUCUGAUAGCUUGCUAGGGGCAAAUCGAUUUCCCCAUCUGCGAAAUCAGUGAGUUGUAUGAGCUGCCUCUGAAAUACUUAAGAAAGCAAAACUUGACAAAAUCCUGGCUGCUGAGGUUUUAAGGUGGGAAUAAAAAAGCAUUACAGUGAACAUUAGACUGACUGAGCCUUAGGGCCAAUGACUAAUGCUCUAAAGAUGGCGGGGAGGAAAGAUAGACAGUGUUAUGGUGGCACUGUGGAAUACCUGAGCCAAGGGCCAUAACCAUCCACCUCUAGGCUCUUUUAAUGUGAGAAACAAACAAAACAACAACAGACUGCCCAAGGCUUUCCUGUCUGUGUGGCCCCAGGAAAGUUGUUCAGGCAGCCGGAGUUUCUUCAUAUAUAAAAUGGAAUUAUUACCUCCAUUCCAGGGAACAUUGUAAGGAAUAAUUAAGGUCUUUUUGAAAGCAGCAUAGUGUUUGGCACUGCGGUGCCCAGUAAAUGGUAGGUAAAAAUCGAACUUAUUUGCUUCAUUGGGGAAAAAAAUUAUAAUGCUACUAAAAUGUUGGUUUAUGGCAUGGUGUCAGUCCCCAAAAGUUAUCAGAACAAGCUAGGACAUAAAACUGACUAGUCUGGCGGUCCACAGUGCUGAUGCCUCUGGCUUUAUCUGAUACCCAACUAAGCUUUGGCUGUUCGUCAUUAUUGUUUAAAAUUUACUCUUGUAAUUAUUUUUUUAAAUUUUAAUUUAAUUUUGGCGUGCCGAAGUUCCUGGACCAGGGAUCGAACCCACGCUGUGGCAGCGACCUGAGCCACAGCGGUGACAGUGCUGGAACCUUAACCCACCAAGCCACCAGGGAGCUUCCUUGUUUUUAAUGCACAUGAUUUUUUCAUGGUUUAGCUCAUUUGCUUGAACUGUUUGAUUAACCUGAAAUGCCCUUGCCCCCCUCUUGACCUAGUGAACUCCUGUACCUCCUUCAAGCCCAGAUCUGAUAUCCUCUCCUUAGACAAUGCUUUCUUGGCUGCUCUAGGAGGCUUAGGUUCUCCUUCCUAUGUAUUCCUAUGGCAGUUUAUACAUUGUAUUAGCAUGUACUUUUAUAUGGUACAUGUGCGAGGCGUGUUCUAAGUAGGUUACGUAUAAUCACUCACUUAGUCCUCACAACAGCUCUAUGAGGUGGUAUUGUCUUUGUUGUUCUUAACUGUUUUUAAGCUGAGGAAGCUAAAGAGUUAAGUGAUUUUCCCGAGUGCAAGCUGGGAUUUCGAAACCAAAGUCUGUGUUCUUAUCCACCAAUUUUCUGCACUUCGUUACUCGCCUCAGAACAUGUCAUCUGUAACUAUCGCAUGCUCUUGUUGGGUAGUAAUCCUCCUGCCAUGUGAGUCCUAUCUUACGGCAAAUGUGGGACACACAGUGGGUACCCGAUGAGUAUGAAGGCUAGUUUAGAUGAGACACGACUCUGUGUCUAAAUGUCACCAUGGCUACUGUGUGUCAGGCAUUUUGAGUUAAAUAUAUGCAUACCUUACAAUGAUUCUUUUAAACAGAGGAACAAGGUAAGUUAUCAUCCCCGUUUUAUGAACAGGCAUACAUAUGCAGAGAGCUUAAUGAUGGCCGCCACAGAGUAGACCUGCAGAUAUUUGCUGAGCACUGAACAGGUCUUUGAGGACAGGGUUUUUGUCCACAGCUUUAUCCCUGGCACCUACAGCAGGCCUUCUGCUUGAAAGGCACUCAGUAAACAUUUCCUGAGCUGGGAUACAGAGCCAGUUUGGGCUGACUUCAAACCUGUGCUGUACUUCUCCAAGGGCAUUCCUUUAGUGCUUUUUAAAUGUACAAAUUAGUUAUAUCCCAUCUACAUAUAAAAAGGAAUCAGGACUAGAAGAAGAAGAAAAAAAAGAACUCUUGGAGAAGUAACUCUUCUACGAAGAUGUUUAUGUUAGGUGAAACAUGGUUACAAGCCAGAUUCAAACUCCCUUAAGCAAGAAGUGAGUUUAUAAUAGGGUUACUGAGGUAUCUCAGUGAAAUUCAAGCACAGAAAAACAUCAAGGCCAGAAGCACUUACUUUGUGUAGUCUCACUUUCUCACUUCUUACUGCAAACAGGCUCUCUCUACGUGGUGGGAGAUCCAAGCCGCCAGUAGCACCUAAGCUUUACCUCUUCCAGCUUUUACAUUUGAGAGAGAUUGUCCUGAUGCUUUCUCUGGUUCUAAGUUUGAAAGUAUCAGGAUAUCUCACACCCAUUAGGAUGAAUUCUUUAAAGAGAAAAAAAACAGGAGUUCCUGUUGUGGCACAGUGGUUGACGAGUCCGACUAGGAGCCAUGAGGUUGCAGGUUCGGUCCCUGACCUUGCUCAGUGGGAUGAGGAUCCGGCGUUGCCGAGAGCUGUGGUGUGGGUCUCGGACACGGCUCUGAUCCUGUGUUGUUGUGGCUCUGGUGUAGACCGGUGGCUACAGCUCUGAUUCGACCCCUAGCCUGGGAACUCCAUAUGCCGAGGGAGCGGCCCUAGAGAGGGUAAAGAGACUAAAUAAAUAAAUAAAAUUAUUAAAAAAAAAGAAAAAAACCAAAAAGCUAGGAAAUGACAAGGGUUGAUAAGGAUGUAGAGCUAUUAGAACCCUUGUGCACUGUUGGUAGAAAUGUGAAAUGGUACAGCUGCUAUGGAUAACAGUACGGUGGUUCCUGAAGAAAUUAAAAAUGGAAUUUCCAUAUGAUCCAGUAAUUCCACUUCUGGAUAUAUACCCAGAAGAACAGAAAGCAGGGUCUUGAAGAGAUUUUUGUACACACCCAUGUUCAUAGCAUUAUUCAUAGUAGCAAAAAAUUGAAAUAACCCCCAAGGGUCUGUCCAUGGACAGAUGGAUUAACAAAACGUGGUAGAUACAUAGAAUAUUAUUCAGGCUGAAGAAGAAAGGCAAUUAUGACACAUACUACAACAUGGAUGAACCUUGAGGAUAUUAUAAAUAAUAAUUAUUAAGUGAAAUAAACCGGUCAAAAAAGAAUGAGUACAGUGUGAUUCUACUUAUAUGAGGUAUCUAAAGUAGUCAAAUUAAUAGAGACAGAAAGUGUAAUGGAGGUUGCCAGGACCUCGAGCAAGGAGGAAAUGGGUUGUUUAACGGGUAUAGAGUUUCAAUUUUGCAAGAUGAAAAACCUCUGGAGAUUGGUUGCACAACAGUGUGAAAUGCUUAACACUACUGAAUUGUACACUAAAAAAUGGUUGAGAUCAUAAAUUUUAUGUAUAUUUUACCACAAUUAAGGGGGGGGAAGGGUCCAAGAAAGGGAUUCGUUAGCCCAGCUUGAGUCUGGUGCUUACCCUGAGGCCUACUGGCCAGGCUAGGGUUAGAGUCUUGAAAGAAUAGGGCAGUUCCCAUGGAAACGAAGUGGAUGAAAUGAAAGUGAUUUCCAGAGGUAGGGUGUGUGGGUUGCUGGGAGGGAGCGUAACUGGACAGACAAGCUGUGGAUAUCCACUGUGGAGUAACCGCCUUCUCGUCAGCAAGACAUUUGUUUUUCUAGCAGCAGGGGUGAUCUUAUGCUACGUCCAAACCACUGGGGUGGCCCUUGCCAUUAUCUUCACCAUCUGACAUCUGUCACAGUCACUCCUUAUGUAUUUAUAGCUCAGUAUGAUUUUAACAGACUUACAUAUCUCACUAGUCUUUGCUAAGAAUCUUUGAAGGAGUUUCUACAAAUGAGGAAACAGACUCCUACUAUAUGAGUGACUUAAUGUAGAGUUGUCAGUUGUAAGGGACCAAAAGCCAAUUAGAAUUCAGGUAUAAAGAAGGAUUUAUUGACUCAUGGAAUCUAAGGACAGGUUGAACAACCAAGCCACUCCUGAAGGGCAGAUCUGGUGCCUCUGGGCAUCAGGAGCAACUGCCACCAGGGACUCUGUCACCACCGGCACCAUCUGCCCCGCCUUUCUCUUCUCUGAAUGCUGGCUUCACUUUUUCCUUCAUGCCAACCAGUUUUCUUCAGGUGAUCACUGGAAGCUUCCACACCUCACAUCAGAAGUAGACCUGACUCCUGCAGUUCCCUUUGUGGCUCAGUGGUUAAUGAACCCGACUAGGAACCAUGAGGAUGAGGGUUCGACCCUUGGCCCUGCUCAGUGGGUUAAGGAUCUGGCAUUGCCGUGAGCUGUGGUGUAGGCCGCAGACAUGGCUCAGAUCCCGCGUUUCUGUGGCUCUGGUGUAAGCCGGCACCUGUAGCUCCAAUUCCACCCCUAGCUUGGGAACCUCCAUAUGCCUUGGGUGCGGCCCUAAACAAAAAAAAAAAAAAAAAAGAAAGUAGACCUGACUUCAACUUAGAAAUUCCAAGGGUGGCUGCUGAAUAGAGCUGAAUUCUAUUGUUUAUAUGCCACCCCACACCAUUAAUCAGGAGAACAAGUCACAGGGAUCAAACCCCACAAUGUCAUGCUAGUUGGAUUCAUUUCUUUUGUGCCACGUGCUUUUUAGACACUACUUUUUUUUUUUUUUUUUUUUUUUGGUCUUUUUGCCAUUUCUUGGGCCGCUCCCAUGGCAUAUGGAGGUUCCCAGGAUGGGGGUCUAAUCAGAGCUACAGCUGCCUGCCUACACCAGAGCCACAGCAACCAGGGAUCUGAGCCUUGUCUUCGAGUACAACCACAGCUCAUGGCAAUGCUGGAUCCUCUUAACCCACUGAUCGAGGCCAGGGAUUGAACCUGUAACCUCAUGGUUCCUAGUCGGAUUCGUUAACCACUGAGCCACAACGGGAACUCCACUUUUUAGUUGUUUUAAAUGUCAACAUGGGAGUUCCCCUUGUGACAUAGCAGAAACAAAUCCUACUAGGAACCAUGAGGAUUCGGGUUCCAUCCUGGCCCCAGUCAGUGGGUUAAGGAUCAGGUAUAUCAGGUAUUGCUGUGAGCUGUGGUAUAGAUCACAGAUGCAGCUGGAUCUUGCGUUGCUGUGGCUGUGGUGUAGGCCAGGAGCUAUCGCUCCCAUUCGACCCCGAGCCUGGGAAAUUCCAUAUGCUGUGGGUGCAGCCCUAAAAAAAAAUUCAAAUUAAAAAAAAGUCACCAUGCAAAGAGUGCAGAGAAUCCAAUAUUCAUCUGGUUCAGUUGUUUUCAAACUUGCUUUCACUGUGGAUCCAUUUUUUUUUUUCUUCCUCUAAAGAAAACCUCACCUGAACUCCAAUACAGAAUAUAGAUUGAAUCAGAGCGGCUUGGGGUCUGGGUGGGUCACAGGGGCCUUGGGACCCUCUAAGUCAGUCUCCUCCCCUGUGGAACAUAUGUUGAAAAUCACUGAUCUAGAUUAGCCACUUUAUUUCUCAGGUGGAGAAAGUGAGGCUCAGAGGUCCAGCGGUCACCCACAACAGCACACAGAGUAGCAGGGCUGUGGCUGGAACCCUGGUUUUGGCGUUGUAUUCGUUCCACUGUAUGAUGCGGCUUCUAGCUGUUUCAGAUGAGCCAUCCACCAACGCAGUUGUAUUUUCCUUGAGACACACGAUAACUUGAACUGGACCAAUGCAAAGGCAAGCGGAGAACUUUGGGGGCCUAAACCGAUAAACAGAUGAAAGCUGUAUGUUAGGAAUGUCUGUUUAAAUUGCUUGACAGAUUUAAAUGAGUGCUUACUAUUCACCAUUUUAGGUGCCAGAGAUAGAUCAGUGAACAAGAUAGUUCCUGCCUUCAGAGUUCAAGUCUUCCAGGCUAUUUCAGUUGAUAUAAUAAAUGUUACAUUAGAGAUGGAUGUUGAGGGAACACUCGUAAUUGUAGCCAGCCCCGUUCAGAGGAAUCUGGGAAGGCUAUCUGAGGAAAUGACAUCUAAGAAACACACCAGGAGUUCCCGUCAUGGUGCAGUGGUUAAUGAAUCUGACUAGGAACCAUGAGGUUUCAGGUUCGAUCCUGGCCUUCCUCAGUGGGUUAAGGAUCCGGCGUUGCUGUGAGCUGUGGUGUAGGUCGCAGACGCAGCUCGGAUCCCGCAUUGCUGUGGCUCUGGUGUAGGCUGGUGGCUACAGUUCAGAUUAGACCCCCUAGCCUGGGGAAUCUCCAUAUGCCCUAGAAAAGGCAAAAAGCCAAAAAAAAAAAAAAAAAAAAACCACCAGAAAAAGUGACGGGAGUGAGCCAGGCAGGGGAGUGUCAGGAGAAGGGCUGGGGAGGUCUGCCGGAACUAGGUCAUAGAGGGCCCGGUAAACCAUUAACCCUAAGAUAACAUCAUCAGAUGUGUUUGCUGGAGAAAUCACUCGGAAUUGGCCGGAGACAGCCUAGAGGCAGUAGAGACGGGGUGAUUCAAGUAUUUACUAGGUAGGAUUUACAGGACUUGGUGAUCGAUUAAAUAUGGGUGGUGAGGGAGUAGAAAGGGGUCAAACAUUGAGCAAUUGAUGGAUGGUGGAUCCUUUGGCCAAGGUGGAGAGCACUGGAGGAGAGGGCAGGGCUGGCCUGAGGCCUCGGGAGAGUUCAGUUAGGGACUUGUUGAGAUCAGACUGUCUGUGGAGACUCCUAAUGGGAAGUACAGUACGGAACUGGAUAUUCAGGUUGAGCCCCGAGAGAAUUCUGGGCGGGAGAUAGGGAUCUCUAAGCCCCUAGCACUGGUGGUGUUUGAAGCUGUGGGAGAUGAGGUCACUGGGGUAGGGGGGUAGUGAGAAGAGAAAAGGUCUGGAACGGAACUUGAGGAACAUGGACAUUGUGUGAGAGGAGCUUACAUCAGGAACUGAGGAGUAGUGAGAGGAGGAGAGAGCAGGAGUCUGGGGCCACAGAAGCAUUUGAGAAGGGAGUGGUCAGCAGAGAAGAACGUACACACACGAUGAGGAAUGAGAGGCAUUCGGUGGAUUUUAGUGACAGGACGUCAGUGAUAACCUCGGCAAGAGAAGUUUAGGUUUUUGGGAGUUCCCGUCGUGACUCAGUGAUUAACGAAUCCGACUAGAAACUAUGAGGUUGCGGGUUGGAUCCCUGGCUUGCUCUGUGGGUUAAGGAUCUGGCGCUGCCAUGAGUUGUGGUGUAGGUAGCAGAUGUGGCUCGGAUCCUGCGUUGCUGUGGCUCUGGCGAAGACCGGGGGCUACAGCUCCGAUGGACCCCUAGCCUGGGAACCUCCAUAUGCCGAGGGAGCGGCCCAAAGAAAUAACAAAAAGACCAAAAAAAAAAAAAAAAAAAAAAGAUGUUUAGGUUUUGGGUUAGCAAAUUUGAGGAGUAAACGGGAGGAGAGAGAGUGGCCAUGGUCAAUGUGGUCUGGUCUUCAAGUUACCAAAGGUUUGGGAGAGCUUUUGCGGGAGGUUUGGGGUUGAUGGAAGUUGAUUUUCUUUAUUUCCAAGACAGUGUCACAUGUUUAAAUGUUCCUUUUUUUCUUCCCCCCGGUCAUUUUUGUGUGUGUGUUUUUAAAUUUUUCUGUUGCACUUGAUUUACAGUGUUCUGUCGAUUUCUGCUGUACAGCAAAGUGACCCAGCUAUACGUAUAUAAACAUUCGUUUUUUCUUCUGUCAUGUUCCAUCACAAGUGAUUAGAUAUAGUUCCUUGGGACGGCGAGUAGUUCUAGGUACUAGAAGAUGGUUUCCUCCUUUGGGAAAGAUUUGGAGGGACGUCCGUACCAAUGUGACAGGGCACCCCUUUGUGACGCCAUCUACAGCUGGAGGCAGGGUGACCAACUCAUCCUGUUCAGACCGGGACUUUCCUGGUGUUCAAACUGAAGUGCCAUGUCCUGGGAAGCCCCUCAGUUUGAGCGGACAGGAUGAGGAUGGUUGGUUCCCCUAGAUAGAGACUUCCUCCCAUAAGGCUAAGUAAGAAAUAGUCUCCAGUUUUGAAGAGAGUGGUUUAUCAUUUUUCUGAAGAUCCAGAGAAGCUGCCUACCUCAGAAAAACUCUUAUUGCAAGAACAGAAGAAAAUGUAGGCGGUAGCUGAUGGAUGUUUCGAUAGGCUUCAAAAACGUACGUAAGUAAUGUGUAGAACCAGCAAUCCUGCAAAUGGAAUCAUCUGAGAUAUGGGAGUUUAAGAGGAGAUUAAAAAGGUGGCUGUUGAAUUAAAACCUGCAUGAAACCAGUGAAUGCUAGGUUGAACACAGUCGGUGGAUUUGAUAAAGAAAACCAACUUCGGAUGGUUUCCCAGGAAUCCGGAGGACACUGAUAAAGCUAUGAAAAAAAGAUAAAAGAGGAGAUACGGAGAGCGGAAUGAUGAAAGAUAAAUUUUAAGAAUUCAAAAAAUGAAUGGACUGGUGAUUAAUAAUGAAUAAUAGGUGAAAACACUUGAAUGCUUGCUCUGUGGUAAGCAUUGUAUAAACCCUUUACAUGUGAGAACUCAUUUAAUCCUCAAACAAUAGUGUGGGAGCGGUACUAUUAUCCUCCCCAUUUUGCAUAUGAUAAGUCCAGCAACUUGUGCAGGUUUACACAAGUAGGACAUGUGAGUGGCUGGUGAGUCAGUCUGCCACCUCCAAAGCCUUGGUCACCAGUGCUUCUUCUGGUGCUCUAACACUGAAACCUAAGCAUCUCCUGUGUACCAACCAGACUCAGUUCUGCUGCUGGGAGUGAGGCAGACUAGGUCCCUGCUCAAUAUGGAGAGGAAAGAAAAAAUACAUAUAUAUUUUUUGCCUUUUUUUAGGGCCACACCAGUGGCUUAUGGAGGUUCCUAGGCUAGGGGUCCAGUUGGAGCUACAGCUGUUGGCCUUUGCCACAGCCACAACAAUGACAGAUCCGAGCUGUGUCUGCGACCCACACCACAGCCCACAGCAAUGCCAGAUUCCCAAGCCACUGAGCGAGGCCAGGGAUCGAACCUGCAACCUCAUGGUUCCUAGUCGGAUUCGUUUCCACUGCGUCACAACGGGAACUCUGAAAAAAAAUUUUUUUUAAUAAACAAGGGAAGUUCAACCAGUAUUAAGUCUUAGGAAGAAAUAACUGAAAGGCAGGUUAGAGAGAAACUAGAGAUGGGUGUGUUGAGGCGGGCGUCACUACUUCAGAUGGGAUGGUCAGGGAAGACCCUCUGAGGAGAUGUCAUCACCUGAGUCCGGUCAUGACGGGGAGUCAGCUGUGCACAAGUGUGCGGCAGAGGGAACUGCAAAUGCAAAAGUCCAAAGGGGAAUGAAUUUGGCUUAUUCAAGGACAAGCAACAAGGUCGGAGUGGCUACGGCAGAGUGGAGGAGGGGGAGAUUUGUAAAAAAUAAAGUCGGAAGUAACGGGGGUAAAUAAGUUAGGGCCCUGGUAAGUAAGGGUGUUAUUCUAAUUGCCACUGAAGGAAUUGAGGGUUUUUUGGCUUUUUUUUUUUUAAAGUGCCCCACCCGCGGCAUUUGUCCGUUCCCAGGCUAGGGGUCUAAUCGGAGCUACAGCUGCCAACCUACACCACAGCUUACGGCAAUGCCAGAUCCUUAACCCACCAACGAGGCCAGGGAUCGAACACAAGUCCUCAUGGAUACUAGUCAGGUUGUUACUGAUGAGCCGCAACAGGAACUCCCUUGGAUUCUUUUUUGCUGUUUUGUCUGUUUGAUUUUUAGCGGUGGAAGAAUAUAAUCUGAUUUGCAGUUAAAAGAUCAAACUGGCUGCUCUAUGGAGAAUGGGCUCUAAAGACAUGGAAUGUUUUGGAAGCAGGAAAAAGAUGUUCUGGCUGGAAGCAGGGCCUGGAGUUCAGAAGUUCUGGAUAGGUGGAGGGUGAAUGUCAGCUUUCUCUGCCCUGGGGCAUCCCCUUCCCAGUUUAUCUAAUCACAUCCACCAAUUUCCUGUGGAAAAAGGAAUCAAAGAUUCUAACCCACUUUGAGAUAAAUCCCCUGCCCCCUGGGUUCUAGCUGAUUAGGGCAGUGUAAGACCCGAGGCUGAGCCAAUCAGAUGCCUCCGGAGAAUUUCAAAUUGCAGCUCAAUCUUUGCUGGGUACACUUGAACACGGAAAUGUAAUGUUUGGGCAUAUACACAAAAUAAAUAUUUGCUGUAUGAGUAGGUGCCUGGCAAAAAGAUGUGGAGAGAAGGAGGAAAGAAGCAGAUGUGUAAGGGAGGUUCAGACAAGGAGAGAGGUUUCUGCUGGCUUCCCGAUUUUGGUGUCUGACCCCUGCCUCCCUGUCCCGAAUCUAAGAUAUUUCCUUGGGUUCCUGGACACCUCUGUUUUCUUAUUAAAAUCACCAAGUUUGGUUUGUUUGUUUUGAUUUUUAGGGCCACACCCACAGUAUAUCGAGGUUCCCAGGCUAGGGUUCGAAUCGGAGCUGUAGCUGCUGACCUAUGCCACAGCCACAGCAACAGCAACACUGGAUCCUUAACCCACUGAGCGAGGCCAGGGAUCAAACCCUCACUCUCAUGGAUGCUAGUUAGAUUUGUUUCUGCUGAGCCACGAUGGGAACUCCUAAAACCACUAGUUUUGCUUAAAUGGAAUUCUUUGUAUGUGCAACUUAAGGACCUCAGUUCCAGGGUGUGCACGCUGCUCUCACCUGCAGCUGGUGGUGCCCUUGUUUCCCACAGCCUCACCAGCUUCGGGCUUUGCUAUACCUACUUUUGCAUUUUCUAGUUUUAUGAACCUAUAAUGUGGUCUUAAGUUACCUGAGUUUGCAUUUCUUUUAUUCACUAGUAAGACCAUCCUUCUCUUGAUUUAACUUUAUAUUCACCUUGUUUACAGUUUAAGCCCUUCUUGAGUAGAAUCCUGUUUCACACAUAGAUGCUUAAUUCAGUUUUUUGGAAAAUAAACAUGUAUUUGGUUUUGUGUUGUUUUAUGGGUACACACAUUUCCCCACGUUGUCUUUCCUUUUUUAAUCUUCUCUCGAAGAUAAAAUACAAAUGAAUCCGACCAUCGAGCGUCAUUGACUUACCACCAGAUGAGGGUGUCGGGUAUCCCCCUUCCCUGCUUUUGCCCACCCUGUGGAAGUGGGUUUCCCUGGCCCACCUCUCCACUUUGAGCCACAAGCCCUCUCUGAAUGAUGUCAGCGAUCUCAUCUCUUCUCAGGCCUCAGCUCCCACUUGUUUUGCAGGAUGAGCAGGCUUUGGUGUUUUUGUUUGUUUUGUUUUUAAUGAUAUGUGACUUUCACCCCAUGCACUUUGUAUUCAGAGUUUGAACAUUCAUCUGACCCGUGGGAAACUCCACUGAGAAAAUUCUGUCCCUGUUUCUGCCCUUGGUGCAGGCCACAGGUCCACUUGAGGAGAACUGGCUUCUGUACCACCACACUGUGUCUUCAAAAAGACCAGUCUGGAUCCAAAAGAACUCAUGCAGAAGUGACUCGGCAGAGCUCCCUCCUUGGACCUCUGCCCUGUGGGCUGCCUGGCAAGGCCCUGACAUCUCUUUGGAGGACUCAGGUUUGCUUCUGCCAUCUGGACGAAGUCUGUCACCCAGUCCAAAGGGGUAUGCAGAGGAUGCUAGGGCUGGGGCUUGAGUGUUUAACAGCUGCAUUUAGGAGAAGUUUUAACUCCACAUCACAAAGUCUGAGCUAGGAAAAGAAACCCGGGUCUUUGACCCCAGGGGUCUCUCAACAGCCUCGGUCCUGAGCCUGUGCAUGCAGAUGGUGUCCAGGGUCCACUCUAGGCUCCAGAUAUCCCUCCUGGACACUUUGAGCUUGAGGUGUGCAAGACCGAACACCCCACCCUCCCACUAUUCCCCAAAAUGCCCCUUCCUCACUAUUCUUAGUCCUGAUCAUAAUGAUCCCACUACCGGCCCCAUCACCCAAAAGUCUGGCCAUCAUCCUUAACCCUUUCUAUGACUCCUGGCUUUCCUUUUUUUUGGCACACGGAAUUUUCUGGACCAGGGAUUGAACCCAUGCCACAGCAGUGAUCUGAGGUGCUGCAGCAAUAAUGCCAUAUCCUUAACCUGUGGAACCACCCCGCAACUCAGCCACAUGGGAACUCCUGGCUUUCCUUCUUGCAUAACUAUGUGGUCAUCGGGUCUAAACCAUCUGUAUUUGUGUCCUCUUGCUUAUAUAAUAAAUAACUACGGAUUUUAA